AUGGACGAGGGUCCGCCACCACCGCCGCCGCCUCAUGGCGAAAAUCCCCAUACUACUGAAGGCGAAUACCGCAAAUCCUCAGACCUCCCAGAUGGCAACUACGACAUCUUUAUCAUCCCACCUCACUCCGCUGGCUCGGGCUUUCUCUAUCUUCCGUCGCUGCAGUGCAACCGAAACAGUUUCCUAGCGGGCGUCGCAAGCACACUUCUCGCAUGUUUCGUUUGGUCAUACAUCUCCCCAAUUGUGAAGGCAUGGUAUCUAGCCACGGUCGCUAGUGGCAAUGGUACGGGUAUGGCGGUAAUUGCGGUUGGGGUGGGUGUCGCUGGAUGGCUUUUUGGCUCCGCUCAGUCCAGCAGCUCGGGAAACGAUAAAGGCAAUGGCGGUGCUCGAGGUGGCCGGUUCGGGUUUGGUGGCUUCGGUGGCGGCUCUGGGGGCCCUGGAGGCCCUAGGAACGCCGGUCCAAACACCAACCAACAGUCGUCCGGUGCUAACUAUGGUGGUAACGGGGCGGGUCAGCAAAGACGACAGGGAGAAAACUUUGGUGGAGGACAAAACUACGGCAAUCAAUAUUCCGGUAAUCAACAUGGCUCUGGUCCUCCUCCAAACUCUGAUAAUAACAAACGUGAAAAGGAGGAGGCUGAAAGACGCGCUAAAGAAGAGCGGGCCAAGGAGGAGCGGGCUAAGGAGGAGCGGGCUAAGGAGGAGCGGGCUAAGGCGGAGCGUGCCAGGGAGGAGCGGGCGAGGGAAGAGCGCGCUAGGGAAGAGCGCGCUAAGGCGGAGCGUGCUAAGGCGGAACGCGCUAGGGAGGAGCGUGCUAGGGAGGAGCGUGCUAAGGCAGAGCGAGCUAAGGAAGAGCGUGCUAGAGAAGAGCGGGCUAAAGAGGAGCGUGCUAGAGAAGAGCGGGCUAAAGAGGAGCGUGCCAAGGCGGAGCGAGCUAAGGAGGAACGUGCUAGAGAAGAGCGAGCUAGAGAGGAGCGCGCUAAGGAGGAGCGCGCCAGAGAGGAACGUGCUAGGGAGGAGCGUGCUAAAGAAGAGCGGGCUAGGGAACGGGCCAAAGAAGAAGCCGAACGGGAGCGAGCAAGAGAAGAAACGAGGCGCAAAGAGGAGAUACGCCGAAAGAUGGAGGAGUUUAAGCGCAAGCGUGAUGCAGAGGCCAAAGAGAAAGAGAAGCAGCGUGAGCGCGAAGCAUUGGAGAAAGAAUUAAAGGAACGCCGUGAGCAGCUCGAAAGAGAGAUGGCCGCUGCAAGGGCAGCUGCAGAGAAAGAGACACGCGAUCGACUGGAGAAGGAAGCUGCAGAGGCCCGGGAGAGACAGGCAAAGGCCGAAGCUGAGUUGAAAGCCAAAGCCGAAAGGCUGGAAGCUGAAGCCAAAGAGAAGGCUGCCAAAGAAGCUGCUGAGAAAGAAGCCGCCGCAAAGGCCAAAGCCCAGCAAGAAGCCAUGGCUAGAUUUGCGGCGCUUAAGGAAGCAGCAAGCAAGAAAUAUGCCGAGAAGAAGGCGCAAGACGCAAAGAACGAGGCCGCCGCCAAAUCACCGCCGCCCAAGCCAGCCAGUACUGGCAAUGCGCCUCGCACGCCUUCUCCCAAGAAACCAGCACCCUCUUCAACCACCAAAACCGCCAACGACGAUGAUGCGUAUUCUUUUCGCCCCUACGACCGACCAAGACGACCAUAUGCGGCUGGCACUUCGGUAUCCUCCGAGUCUUCAUAUACACCUUCUCACUCAACUGCGCGCACAACACCUCCCCCCUCACAUCGCAGUACAUAUUCCACCAAGGAUCCAGAUAAGAUUGUGAUCCAAGGUGUCUACGCCUUCAACAAUGCCUUUAUGAAGACCCCAGUGGCGCAACUUGUCUCAGGCCAGGGUAUGAUCACAGAUGGGCUAGUGCUGCGCAUCACAACCGAAGGUCUCUUCAUCGACGAUGACCUACGCGGCAUCGGUCAGCGUGAGUGGGACGUCAAGGCGUGGACCCUCAAGCUGGCGGAGGUGUGGUGUCCACAGGUAAACGCGACUCCAUCUGGCAAAAAUGCCACCGGCAGCCCUUUCUCUUUCCGCCGAGGGAACAACGUUCCUACCAACGAAGAAUCAGAGGCCUUUCUCAGUAACUUGCUUAAAGUAUGCAAGAAUACUUGCCGUCUAGCUUCGCCCAGUGCGUACUUUGCUCGCAGCACUACUGCUAGUCAUGAUGGCGGCCCUGUUCACCCGCCCCAGGCGGGGUCUCGUGGUUUGCACGUUCUCCGCGCUAGUGUCCGUGACCAAGAAGGCAAAAAGUAUGUCUUUGUGUUGCAAGAUACUGAGGCCUGGAAGGUCGCCAUCGGUCUCCAGCGGCUCCGGGCUGGUGCUUUGGUUCGCGCGCUGGGUGUCUCUGCUCUGCCGGUCCCUGAAUGCAAAACUAUGCUCAGUGCCCUCGGUUAUGUUUGA